CAAAAAAGAAAUUCCUGUGUUUAACUUUACCAUCCAUGAGAUCCACUGUCAAAGGAACAUUGGUAUGUGUCCCAUCUGCAAGGAACCAUUUCCCAAAUCUGACAUGGAGACUCAUAUGGCUGCAGAACACUGUCAGGUGACCUGCAAAUGUAACAAGGAGUUGGAGAAGAGGCUGUUAAAGAAGCAUGAGGAGACUGAGUGCCCUUUGCGGCUUGCUGUCUGCCAGCACUGUGAUUUAGAACUUUCCAUUCUCAAGCUGAAGGAACAUGAAGAUUAUUGUGGUGCCCGGACAGAACUAUGUGGCAACUGUGGUCGCAAUGUCCUUGUGAAAGAUCUGAAGACUCACCCUGAAGUUUGUGGGAGAGAGGGGGAGGAAAAGAGAAAUGAGGUUGCCAUACCUCCUAAUGUGUAUGAUGAAUCUUGGGGUCAGGAUGGAAUCUGGAUUGCAUCCCAACUCCUCAGACAAAUUGAGGCUUUGGACCCACCCAUGAGGCUGCCGGGAAGGCCCCUGAGAGCCUUUGAAUCAGAUGUUUUCCACAAUAGAACUACCAACCAAAGGAACAUUACAGCCCAGGUUUCAAUUCAGAAUAAUCUGUUUGAAGAACAAGAGAGGCAGGAAAGGAAUAGAGGCCGACAGCCCCCCAAAGAGGGUGGUGAAGACAGUGCAAACUUGGACUUCAUGUUGGCUCUAAGUCUGCAAAAUGAAGGCCAAGCCUCCAGUGUGGCAGAGCAGGACUUCUGGAGGGCCGUAUGUGAGGCAGACCAGUCUCAUGGCGGUCCCAGUUCUCUGAAUGACAUAAAGGGUGCAGCUGACGAGACCAUGUUGCCUUGUGAAUUUUGUGAGGAGCUCUACCCAGAGGAACUGCUGAUUGACCAUCAGACAAGCUGUAACCCUUCACGUGCCUUACCCUCAUUCACUACUGGCAGCUCUUCCCCCAGAGGGGUGGAGGAACCUGAUGUCAUUUUCCAGAACUUCUUGCAACAGGCUGCAAGUAACCAGUUAGACUCUUUGAUGGGCCUGAGCAAUUCACGCCCUGUGGAGGACAGCAUCAUCAUCCCAUGUGAAUUCUGUGGAGUACAGCUGGAAGAGGAGGUGCUGUUCCAUCACCAGGACCAGUGUGACCAGCGUCCAACCACAGCAAUCAACCACGUGACAGAGGGGAUUCCUAGACUGGAUUCCCAGCCUCAAGAGACCUCACCAGAGCUGCCCAGGAGGCGUGUCAGACACCAGGGUAUUUAUUAGCCAGGACUGAGCCAAGGUUGCAGGUCCACUGCUGGCUGUGGCUUACUUACCACUUCUCACCCGCUGCUCUAAUGUGGGGUUUACGUGCAUCUUGAGUUUCCAAGCACACUAGGGUCUCAUGGGGGACUCCUCUGCAGGUAUUUGUGGUCCCACAUUAGACUGAGCUCUCUCAAGUGUGUGGUUUUUAGGGUAAUGGCUUUGUGGACAUCCAUGAGAUACACGUAGUAGUUCGUGCUUGCAAUAAGCUUCUGGUUUCCUGUCUGUGUACUUAGUGGAUUAUUUGUAGAUGAUUUGCAGACCUUAUGGUAGCUACCCUGGGUCCCAUUUCAAGUUGAAAUACACUUAGGGUACUCAAACCUAUUAUUAUUUAUUUUUAAUUUUUUUAGCGAUAGAGUCUUGUUCUGUCACCCAGGCUGGAGUGUAGUAGCAA